AUGGUGCAGAAGUACCAGUCCCCGGUCCGUGUCUACAAGUACCCGUUCGAACUCGUCAUGGCGGCCUACGAGAAGCGCUUCCCCACCUGCCCGCAGAUACCCGUCUUCCUGGGCAGCGAGGUCCUGCGCGAGUCCCGCAGCGCCGACGGGGCGGUGCACGUGGUGGAGCGGAGUUGCCAGCUGCGCGUGGAGGCCCCGCGGCUGUUGCGGAAGAUCGCGGGCGUGGAGCACGUCGUCUUCGUUCAGAGAAACGUCUUGAACUGGAAGGAGAGGACGCUGCUCAUUGACGCGCACAACGAGACCUUUGCCAGCCGCGUGGUGGUCCGCGAGAACUGCAGCUACACGGUCCACCCCGAGAAUGAAGACUGGACCUGCUUUGAGCAGUCCGCCUCCCUUGACAUCCGGUCCUUCUUUGGCUUCGAAAAUGCCCUGGAGAAGAUCGCCAUGAAGCAGUAUACAGCAAACAUCAAGAGGGGGAAGGAGGUGAUCGAGCAUUACCUGAACGAGCUCAUCUCCCAGGGUAUCUCUCACAUUCCCCGGUGGACACCUGCCCCCGUCCGAGAGGAAGACAUGCGCACCCAGGCUGCACCGUGGGACCCGGACCCCCCAGAGGCCGGCAGGUGCAGCAGCGCUCUGGGCCUGGCUCCCGAGACAGCCGCUGUGGACGGGGACAAGCUGGACGUGGACUACAUUGAGCGGUGCCUGGGCCAGCUUACACCCAUGCAGGAGAGCUGCCUGAUCCAGCUGCGGCACUGGCUACAGGAGACCCACAAAGGCAAGAUUCCCAAAGACGGGCACAUCCUGCGGUUCCUGCGGGCUCGAGACUUCCACCUGGACAAGGCCCGCGACAUGCUGCGCCAGUCCUUGAGCUGGCGGAAGCAGCACCAGGUGGACUCUCUGCUUCAGACCUGGCGGCCCCCUGCCCUGCUGGAGGAGUUCUACGCGGGCGGCUGGCACUACCAGGACAUAGAUGGCCGCCCCCUCUACAUCCUUCGCCUGGGCCAGAUGGACACCAAAGGCUUGAUGAAGGCGGUGGGGGAGGAGGCGCUGCUGCAGCACGUGCUUUCUGUCAACGAGGAAGGCCAGAAGAGGUGUGAAGGCAACACAAAACAGUAUGGCCGUCCCAUCAGCUCCUGGACCUGCCUCGUGGACCUGGAGGGGCUCAACAUGCGGCACCUGUGGCGGCCGGGGGUGAAGGCGCUGCUGCGGAUGAUCGAGGUGGUGGAGGACAACUACCCCGAGACCCUGGGCCGGCUGCUUAUCGUGCGGGCCCCCCGCGUCUUCCCCGUGCUCUGGACACUGAUCAGCCCUUUCAUCAACGAGAACACCAGGCAGAAAUUCCUCAUCUACAGUGGCAGCAAUUACCAGGGCCCCGGGGGCCUCGUGGACUACCUGGAUAAGGAGGUGAUCCCCGACUUCCUGGGGGGCGAGUGUGUGUGUAAUGUCCCUGAAGGAGGACUGGUCCCCAGGUCCCUCUAUCUGACGGAGGAGGAACAUGAACGUGCCGACCAGUUGCGGCGGUGGGCUGAGACCUACCAUUCGGCCAGCGUGCUCCGGGGCACCCCCCAUGAGGUUGCCAUGGAGAUUCUGGAAGGGGAGUCGGUCAUCACCUGGGACUUCGACAUCCUGCGGGGGGACGUGGUGUUUAGCCUGUACCAUGCCAAGCACACACCCACGCUGGGUCCCCGGGAGCAUGGGGCCAGGGCCGGCGGGCAGCUGGUGGACAAAGGCUGGGUCCUGGGCACAGACUACAGCCGCGUGGAGGCUCCCCUCGUCUGCCGGGAAGGGGAGAGCAUCCAGGGCUCCCACGUGGCCCGCUGGCCUGGCGUCUACCUGCUGCAGUGGCAGAUGCACGGGGCGCCCGGCAGCGUGGCCUGCAGCCUCCCCGGCGUGGACGAUGUCCUGACAGCCCUACACAGCCCCGGCCCCAAGUGCAAACUGCUCUACUACUACGAGGUGCUCACAUCCAAGGACUUCAGGGGCUCCAUGUCCAGCCUGGAAUCCUGCACCAGUGGCUUCUCCCAGCUCAGCGCGGCCACCUCCUCCUCCUCCUCCGGCCAGUCCCACAGCAGCUCCCUCAUCUCCAGAUAG